UCGACAAUAGUGUCAGCAAAGGUUGCAGCGGUGAGCAAAGGUUGGACAAAAUUUUUUAAAGUUCUAUUUCACUAAAUUUAAAAGUUUUGAAAACAACUGCAAAAUGAACAGAAAUAAGGAAAAAAAUCAAAAUAUUGUAUCGCCGUUUAAUAUUCACUCAAUCAUUGGUUUUAACUUAAAAGUGGCAAUUAAGAAUUUAACAAGCAGUAACGAACAUCCGACAAUUGUGUACGCGUCAGGACACAUUUUAACGAUACAAGACUGUGGAAACAAUGGAGUUGAAUAUUUAUUAGGUCAUGAACGUGAUGUUGCAUUCGUUGGAGUUGCCAAAGCAUGCAAAAUGCUUGUAACCUCCGAUGAAAAUCUAGUUAACAUUUGGGAAAGAAUAGAAAAAAAGAACAGCAAAUUCGACACGGUAUUAUUGAAGAGUGUUAACGAUCCAUUCAUCGACGAGCCAAUUUUAUCAACUGGAUUAAGCGUAGAUGGAGAAUAUUUAGUGUUAGCCAGCCGAAAGUACAUAAAACUGUGGAUAUUACGACAUAACAACGACAAGCCAGACGCUGUGCAUGAACUUACAGAUAAUUUUCGGGUCAACGGAAAGAUUGUUUUUUGUCAAAACAGCAAUCAAUCCAAUAAUUUUGUUGUGACAACAGACACGAACCUACUUUUUUGCAAAUGGAACGUACAAAAAACAGUUUUAGAAACGCAUAGUCCGAGGCUGUUUCCUGGUGUAAAUCACAUUGUGGACUCUUCGUAUUGUUCGAAUUAUUGUAAGGGCGUAUCAAUCACAAAACGAUCGGUUAUCAUAUGGAGUGACACAUCACCAGGCAAAGAAAUCAAACAAAGUUUGUUUAAGAAUCGAAUGGAAUUUCAAUUCGAAAUGAGAUUGGGCUUUUAUCAAUUACAAACCGUUUCAUGCGGCAAUGGAUUCAUCAUUAUCAGCGAUAGUACUGGAGAAGUAAAAUUUCAUGAUGAGAAUAUGAGGUUGCACUUUUCGUACCAACUAUGCGGCGAAAUUGUCAAUUCAAUUUGUUUCAAGCAAGAGAAUGAAAAUUACGAACGUUUACUCGAAUCUUUGGACUUGUCGCUUGUAGGAACAUUUUUUGCCGCUUGCGAAAGUGGGCGGAUGUACAAAUGCAAUUUGAAUACGAAACCAAGUUUAAUAUGUGUUUCUGCACCAGUGCUUAUGACAUGCUUUGAUUUACAUCCCAAAAAGGAACUUCUUUGUGGUGGUAGACAAGACGGCCAAAUAUUUACGUACGACUAUUCAACAAACACGUAUGAUAAAUACAUGUCGCUACCAUUGGAACUAGCAAAACAACUUAAAUUAAAACCAGAGCAUAAUGCAACUACUUGUUUGAGUUUUUCUUCGUGUGGUCGUUAUAUAGCUGCUGGUACAAGUAACGGAUUCCUUGCGAUUCUUAACACCAUCACAUUAACGCUAUUCCAGAAAGCUGUGAAAUUGGCUGAAGCUAAUGUAGCAAUUGAGAAAGCAAUUUUUUCCGACAACAAUGAGUUCAUCGUUUAUCUUGAUGAAUCUUGCAAAGUUGGCCUGUUACGCUAUGUAUCGUCAUGGAAAUUAAUCAGAAAGUGUAGAGUUCACGACAGUCCAAUCGUUUACAUGUCGUUCCGAGAAACGGAAGAUGAAAUCGGAUUAGUCACAAUUUCAGAGGACUAUAAAGUAGCUGAUUAUACAAUAAGACAUACAGGAUCCAGUAGCGACGCGGGUCUUACAAUGACAAGUUGCCAAAGAGUUGAUUAUUUAUCACUACUAAAAUCUUGCGUCACGCUGAACAGAAACAUUAUGGCUUUCCCGAAUCGUUCUGGGAACGAUGUGGCUUAUCUAACAACGGAUGAAAAAUUUAAAUUUCAAAUUCGAGAUAUCGAAUCGUUGGAUGUGAUAAAUACUUUCGCUGCUCCGAUUUCAGAUGAUGAACCUAUUACAAUGAUGUGUCAUGUUAAUCGGAAAAAGGAGAACGCCAUUGUCUUCUUGACCAAAAAUAUCAUCGGUCUACAACAUCUCCCAAUUGACGGAAACCCUAACAAAUAUUUGGCUAUGGUUGGACAUCCGCGGAGAAUCCGUCAUAUGAAGGUGUCGCAUUGUAACAAGUAUUUGUUUACGAUAGGCGACGAUGAUUCAUCGGUGUACAUAUGGAAUAUCAAAAUGUCAGCCUUGUUGCAGCAGUAUCGCAGUGGAGGUACAUCGUUGAGGCCAUUUUGUAAUCUCCUUCCGGGUGGUGUAACAGGAACACUUUUCAACGACAUGCAAGACAUUUUCUUCUAUAUCCAAAUUAAAGCACAAAAACGUAAAUCGAUUGAUGUAGAGCAGAUCAAACUUGUCGACGCCAUACCCGUAUCUAAAGCUAUCGACUUCAUGCGAUGCAUCGGAUUUUUCCCGAGUGACUAUAAAGCCGACUGCGUUAUGAACGAGAUGAAAUAUUACGCAGACGAUUCAACCGAUCAUUUGAUAACAUUUGAAAAUUUAAUGAAGAUUUUCGUGAACUAUCGCCCUCCGUUUGGAUACUUGAAGUCGGACAUUCUUGACACCCUGCAAUAUCUGGGAUAUUCGUAUACGAUGCAAAGUGCUGAUACAGAAAUCACUCGCGAGAGGUUAGCUGAAAUUUGCACUAGCCUAGGAGAAGAGAUGGAUGAGAAUGAUGCCGCCAUGUAUCUGAAUCAGUUGGAUGGUAAAGAAGAAAUUGACCAACACAGUGACAACAAUGGAUACAAAUUCGAUAAUAUCAAAAGCUUGUACACAAUUUCUGAAUUUAUGAAAUAUAUUUUAGGUGUUCAAUGAG